AUGGAUGAUGUAAACGAUAAUACCAAUAUUUUAUCAUGUGCAAGUGAUAUAGAAGAAGACUCAGUGAUGAAUAGUGAUAUUUGUGAGCAACUAGUAGAAAAGGAAGUACAUGCAACAAGUAUGGGGGAAUGUCGCUCAGUGGAGAAAAGGCAACGACAGGAUAGUGAUGAUAGAGAGAAUGGUGAUGAAGAAUUUAUGAUGGUUGAGAGACGGAGUAAACGCAUGCAUAGAAGUACGUCCGGUAAUGAUGAAACAUAUGAAGUGUGCAUUUCGUCUAAACAGGCGUUACCUAAACAAAUAGGUAUGGCUAAAUUGAUGAGAUCACAAUGUAUUAAGAAUAUCCUAAGAAUUAAAUUUAAGGGUCCGUAUAAAGCACUUAUUACUUUUAGCACUAAAUGUGAUGCUGAGCAAUUAAUCAAUUGUCAAAAAUUGGCAGAAUUAGAGUACAGGUGUCAAUUCACAAAUGAAGUUCAGAUUACUUACGGUGUAGUCAAGGAUAUUGAUUUAGAAACGGAAGAGAAAGAGAUAUUGGACAAGUUUUAUUGUGAUUCACAAAUUGUUAGCAUGAGGAGGUUACGGAGAUUAAAUAACGGUAAUGAAUGGGUCCCAAGUACAACAAUUCGUCUGGGUUUUAAAAGCUCAACUUUACCCCCGUAUAUAUUUGGAUACGGUUGCCGGUUUAAGGUUGAGCCAUACACAUUUCCAGUGUCACAGUGCUCCGGAUGCUGGAAAUUUGGGCAUUUAACUAGAUCUUGCCCAACGAAGAAGAUCAAGUGCCCAAAAUGCGGACAAGACCAUCAAAACUGUGAAAUAAAAGAUUUCGUUUGUUUAAAUUGCAAAGGCCCUCAUAUGGCACUUGAUAAAAAGUGUCCUAUGUUCAUAAAAGAAAAGAAGAUUAGGGAGAUAAUGAGUCAGAAAAACUUUACUUACAAAAAGGCUCUUGAAUUUUACUGUCAAUAUACAAGCAAGGAAAUAGAACGACAAAGAACACAAAGAGGAGAAGACGAUUUUAAGAAUAGCGUUAUGAUUAACACAAAUGAAAUAUCGGAAAAUAGAACUUACAGGGACGUUGUAACUGCUACGUUCCCAAUACAAAUGAUUGAGAACCAGCCACAGAAUAUAACACAUAAUGAUGACUCCGAAGACUCCGAAAGCCGUUCAAUGAAUACUCGAUACUCACGACAAGGUAAAUAUGCCAAAAAAAAAAGUAAGAAAACAGAACAGUUGGUGAAUCAGAAUGUAAAUAGCAACGUCACAAAUCUACCUGCCCAAAAUUUGACAUAUCCUAAGGAGAUUGAUAGCAAUCAAGAUAAAAACACAGACAACCUUAGUAGAGUUAAAAACCUCUUUAUAAAGUUGAAGGAAAUCAUCCUCUCGAAGAAAGAUACGAAAGAUAAAAUACUUAAUGCAAUCUAUUUAGUGACAGAAGAAAUAUGUAUCUCAUUCCCUGCAUUCGCGAAAGUUGGUGAAGUGAUUAAGAAUAUGUUAUAUCUAUUUAAUGGAUAA